AUGAGGGUUGUGGCGAGGAACAAAAAGUCUCUAAGUGGCUAUGUUGGUUCUGUUGCACCAAGACAACUUAGCAUGCUUGAGAGAGAGAAGGAAGAAAGUAAUAAAUGGACUCCCACAUGGGCAGGGGAUGACAGUGGAGAAAUUUAUGAGGUUGAGAAGCAUCCUACUAAGGUUACUGUUGACUUGGGAAAUCAGAAGUGCACCUGUCGAUUUUGGCAGCUCACAGGCUUGCCUUGCAGACACGCUUGUGCAGCACUUGCUCUGGGGGGUCGUAGGCCAGAAGACCAGAUCCAUAACUGGCUGGGAAUGGCUACAUAUAACUCAGCAUACCAACAUAACAUCAACCCCGUUCCAAGCAAAGAAUUUUGGGAUAAAGCUGAAGGCUAUCCUCCACUGCCCCCUCACUAUAAGACACCCAUUGGAAGACCAACAAAAAAGAGAAGAAAGGAGAAAAAUAAGGCACGGCCAAAUUCCAACCCACAUAAGCUUAAAAGGAGAUAUGAACAAUCAUUUGCAAAUACUGUGGAGAGAGUGGCCACAAUAGCAUGCUGA